AGGACAAAACGACAGUGGGAAGAGGGAGGCGCAGCGGGGAAAGUUAUUUGCCUGCAAUUCGAAGGCUCACGCGGCCGGAGCUGCAGCGAAGGCGAAGCAAAAGGGGAAGGCAUUUUUGCAGCGGAGCUACAUCCUUGACCCGAACGCUGUGCAGCAGACAGACGUUCAGCCGUCGCAGGUUCUGUGCCAGACAGCAAAUACAAUCAGAGCUCAGGAGGACAUGAAGACCGGCAAGAAAUCCUUCAUAGCUUUCAUCAAGGAGAGGAAAAUGGGGCUGAAUGACUUCAUCCAGAAGCUGGUGUCCACUCCACAUAUCUGCCAACAUGUUGAAGUUAACAACUUUCUGAAGAUCGAUGAGAAUCAAAACGAGGAAGUAGGAAAUGAUCCACUUUCUGAACGUCCGAUGUGCCUAAAUUCACGAAGUUCACUGGCUGAGGACACUCAGAUAAAACCCUGUGAUUUUGACUACCUCAAAAUCAUCGGCAAAGGCAGCUUUGGAAAGGUUCUACUGGCUCGACACAAAGAGUCAACCAAAUACUACGCUGUAAAGGUGCUGCAGAAGAAAAUCAUACUAAAGAAAAAAGAGCAAAAGCAUAUCAUGGCUGAGCGCAGCGUGCUGAUGAAAAACAUCAAGCAUCCCUUCCUGGUGGGGCUCCACUACUCCUUUCAAACUACUGACAAGCUGUACUUUGUGCUGGACUAUGUUAACGGUGGAGAGCUGUUCUACCAUCUCCAGAGGGAGAGGAUCUUCCUCGAGCCCAGAGCCAGGUUCUACGCUGCUGAAAUUGCAAGUGCACUUGGAUAUCUACACUCCCUGCACAUUGUGUACAGAGACCUGAAGCCUGAGAACAUUCUCUUAGAUUCACAAGGCCACAUUGUACUGACAGACUUUGGCCUCUGCAAAGAAGGUCUUGAACCCAAUGGCACCACAACAACCUUCUGCGGGACACCAGAGUACUUGGCCCCUGAGGUCCUCCAGAAGCAAGCGUAUGACCGUACAGUGGACUGGUGGUGCCUGGGAUCGGUGCUAUAUGAGAUGCUCUACGGACUUCCCCCGUUCUACAGUCGCAACACAGCAGAAAUGUACAACAACAUCCUGCACAAGGCUCCUGUGCUCAAGCCCAACGUGUCAAACGCAGGGAGGGAACUGCUGGAGGGGCUCCUGCAGAAGGACCGCACCAAGAGGCUGGGAGCGAAGGACGACUUUCUUGAACUCAAGUACCAUUCCUUCUUUUCUCCAAUUAACUGGGAUGAUCUGAUGGGAAAGAAGCUUUCACCCCCAUUCGCCCCCUCAGUGACCGGCCCCACAGACCUGCGACACUUUGACCCUGAGUUCACCCACCUGCCCGUGUCCUCCUCCCUCUGCAACGACACCCUGACUGUGACCAGCAGUGUCAAGGAAGCAGCUGGAGCCUUCCCAGGCUUCUCCUACGGCCCUCCGGCAGAACUCUCCUUCAUGUGAAUGGCAAAGUCUCGUCUGUCCAAGAAAUAAACAAGAAACAGGAGGGAAACCGUGAAUGGAGAGUCUUAUUUCGAUAGCGGGACCACAGUGGAGCAGCCUGAGGAACUUUACAGCUAAGGCCUGAUGGGACAGGAUGAGAGAUCUGUUGUAUGAGUGUACAGAUGGCGACUCUCAUGUUACAAUGUCAACGGCUCUACUCCUCUGCCUCAACCACCUAAAACUAUAUUACAUGUGUGCCAAGAAUGGAUGCACCAUGAGGUCAUAAAGCACCGGUGCUCUGGACCUUACAGCUACUGGCGAAGUGGUAUGAAGAGAAGUGCCUGAGGUUCGAAAGCAGUUUGGACGACGGCAGCAGCAGCAGCAGCGCUGGCCAGGAACAGCCAGAUUUAUCAGACGCCACAAUAAUAUUUCUUAUGUUUGAACUUUUGGCCAGAGUGAUAGCAGUUAAGGGUGAUGCCUUCAUUACAUUUCAACAUACUGUAAAUUUUUGUCUUUGAGUUUCUAACGCAUUGUUAUUUUCAUGCAACCGCUCCAUUGCACUUGAGGAAACAACGGUCACUAAACGUUCUGCUUUGAAUAUCAUCAACUUUGCAUUAAUAGACAGCAGCAUAUCUUUCUUCUUAGUUCACAUCUCAACUUUGGAGAGAGAAAAUUAUAUUUCAACACUGUACCAAAUGGACCAAACAGUAAUGUUUAGGGUUUUGUCUAGCACAACAUUUUGUUUGACAGGUUUGUCCUCAUAAAAUUAAGAUCAAAGUGUCACUGUACUGUAUAGAAAAAAGUUACAUAUAUAUAUAUUUUUUUGCAAAACCAAAAUGUUUCCAUGUUUUAAUAAUCACAAACAUUAACUGUUUACCUUUAAGAAGGUUCUGCAUCCAGUACAUUAUAAAUGAGUUCCAAAUGUUUCCUAAUACAUAUAUAUAUAUAUAUAAAUAUAAAUAUAUAUAUAAACCUAGAGUAAAUCAAAGUUUUAUUUCCUAUAUGGCAUUUUAUUUUUUCAUCUACAACUAGUGACUGUGUUAAUAUACAAUAUAUCUGCUGUUUGCGAACUCAAUGACAAACCUCUCUUAUUGAUUAAGAGUGUGUGAUACAGAAUUCAACCAGCAAUAACAUCAAUGAGAGCAUAUACUGUAUAUCAAGCUUCUUUACAACUGUGUGGUUGCUGUUUUAACGCAAACACUCCAGAUAGACCAUUGAAUCGAAGCUCACAAAUGUUUGUUUUUAUUUAUGCAUCAUGUAGAGAAGAACUGUGAAUGUCUUGUGCCUGUCCAAGGCGGCCUGAUCCAUGUAUACUGUAUGUACAUAUCGCUUCCCCCUAAACCCUUUAGUUCCUUUUCUACAAAACAGUCCAUAUAUUAAAAGAAGUGCUUCAAUAACUUGAUGAAGAACCACAGGGUGGAGCAUGCAUUGGCUUUCCUGCUACUUUAGCCACUGGCCUGCUGCAUAAUAUGGUUCUGGAAUGUGCAAUAAUGUCUUGUUGACGCAAAGAAUCAUUGUCAUUUUAUCUCUUUAAAGUAAUUUAUGCUACAAUAUUCAUUAAAUCUAUAAGAAAGGAGGCUUUUCAGCCCAGUAGAGAUUGUUACGAAGGUAUUUUGGCCCAAUCAGUACUUUCAUGAAUUUACAUAAAGCAAAUGUUUUUAAUACUGCUGAAAAUAAUCAAAUAUGAAACAAGGCACGGUUCUAGAUCAUUUUCUUCCAUAUUUGGAAGCAUAACACUUCUGUUGUUUUGAAUUUUCUAUGUAUAUUUAUUUACAUGCCACUGCUACUGUACAAAAAGGAUCAUUUUCAUGAUCGACUAAAAGACUGAUCUGUAAUCUGUCAGAAAUGGCAAAUAAAAUCUCUAAACUCAA